AAGAAAGAAAAGAAAUAAACUCGUCUACUCAAUAAAAAAAAGUACAAAACAAAACAAAAAACCAAGUAAAAGUUAUGGCAACCACCAAAGAGGAACAGGUUUCCAACCUCUACAGCGAACUUAAAAAGACAACCGACGAAUAUGAGGAUGAACGUAGUCUUUCAAUUUGCGACAGUAUAAUCCAGUUGGACCCAGAUGAUCAAGUUGCACUUCAUUGCAAGGUUGUCACGUUUAUUCGUCUCGACAAGUACACCGAAGCACUCUCGCUUAUCACACGCAAAUUCAAAAAAUCCGACAUUGAUCUCAAUUUCGAAAAGUUAUAUUGUUACUAUCGCACGAACCAGCUCCAGCCUGCCCUGGAGUUAUUGAAUGAACUAAAAAAAACCAAGAAAGAUGAUGUUGGUCUCCAAUACAUGGAAGCUCAAUUGCUUUAUGCCCAAGAUAAUUACGAAGCAUCCAUAAAGGUGUAUGAGAAACUUCUCAAGAGCACCAACAAAAAUGACAGAUUGUACGAAGAAAUCCAGGUGAAUUUGUUGGCUGCAAAGGCAGGUCUUUUAUUUGCCAAUCCAAAGGCCAAAGAUGAUGUCAAGGAACCUUUGUACGAUGUCUCGGCUCCUGGUGCAUAUGAGGUAGCCUACAAUGCUGCAUCUGUUCACCUUGCUCGCUCAGAGUUGGAUCUUGCUCGUGAACAGCUUGAGUCUGCAAGAAAACAGUGCAAUGAGAGAAUGACCGAGGCAGGCUUGAGUCAUGAGGAGAUAGAUGAGGAGUUGGCUGUAAUUGCAGCUCAACUGGCUUACACAUAUCAGGUACAAGGACGUACUGAGGAAGCCAAGGAAUUGUAUGAGUCUGUACUGAACUCAAAAGCAAGUGAUGCUGGUGUUACUGCUAUUGUGUCAAACAACAUUGUUGCCAUGCAAGAAACAAAGGAUUUAUUUGAUGCUGCGAAGAAACUCAAGGUUGCAACAGGCAAGGAGGCCGAGAACAAGUUGAAGAGAUAUCAGAAACGAGUCAUUGCAAUGAACGAAUCUCUGCUUCAGCUGUACAUGAACAAGCAUGCUGCUUGUAGAGACUCUGCCCAGCGCUUGAUUGCUAAAUACCCUGAUAGUGAUACUCUGUAUCUUAUCCUUGCUGCUGCUACUUAUCACCAAUCCAAGGGUGAAAAAGCGGUAGAAGAAUUAAAAAAAUACGCAGAAAAGAAACCAGAGUCCCUAGCUAUUCGAUUUGCGACCAUCCAACUCCAAUUGCUGCAGUCACAACCAGCCGAGGCAUUAAGCACUCUUGAGUCUUAUCUUAAGGUGAUUGAUGAAAAGAACAAAAAGGGUUUCUACCACCAGCAGCCUGCUGUGGUCGCACUUCUUGUGUGGCUGUAUGAGCAGACAAACCAGUCUGAAAAGGCUAUGGAAACCCUCGACAAGGCAUCUACAUUGUGGAAGUCCGAUAGCUCGUUCCUGAAGAGUGCACCUGCUUCAAUUAUUAAGCAAACUGCUGCCUUUAAACUUAAAGCCGGACGGUACAGUGAAGCUGCUGCUGAUUACGAGCAGCUUGUCAAAGCAGACCCAACAGAUUCUCAGACCAUUGCCGGCCUUAUCUCAGCCUAUGCCGAGAUAGAUCCUGCAAAGGCCGAGCAGUAUGGUGAUGCACUGCCUGCUAUUGCCAUGCAUCACAUUGAUGUUGAUACCCUUGAGCGUGUUGUACCUGGUGUAAAGCGUGGCUAUGUCAAGAAAGAUCCCAAGGGCACACACGUGAAGAAAGUCAAGACAAAGAAGAAGAGACAGCCCUUGUUACCCAAGAACUGCGAUCCUAGCCGGACACCUGAUCCUGAACGCUGGUUGCCCAAACGAGAGCGUUCUACUUAUCGUGCCAAGGGAAAGAAUAAGAAGGCGGCUCUUCGGGGACCACAAGGAUCUGCUGUAGAAGGGGGUGGAAUUGGUGGAACAGGCAGUGCUAAUAUUGGAGGUCGUGGUGCACCUGUGGUUGUAGAAAAGGAGGUUUCAGAACCAAAGCCACAAGCAUCUACACCUAGUAGUACUGCUGCACCUUCCAAGGCAGCGGCUAAUAAGAAAAAGAACAAGAAGAAGGGUGGAAAAUCAAAGUGGUAGAUUCACUUGUGAAUAUUUAAUGAUUUUUUGAUUUUUGAUUUUUGAUUCUAUUAAAGCUAUUAUAAAAGAUAAUUAAAAUAAAACAUAAAUGCAUUUUAUUAUUUUUCUCUC